AUGGAUGCUGAAGACUUCCCAACAUCUCCUGCUAAGCGCCAGAGAAUGGGUUCACCAGACGAAACUUGGCGUACCAUCUACCCUCCCGAGUCAAUACCCGCCACUGAGCAAAAUGGUUCUGUUCGCGAGCAGCUCCCAUCCGAGGAGGGCGUUUCCACAGCAGAGCCAGAACCACAGACAUCGGCUACCAGUUUGGACAAGGGAGAAGGGCAUGCACCCCCUGAGCAGCCGGGCUCAAAUUCUCUUCUAGAUGCGCUGAUGCAGCAAGUCGAGGCAGAGGCCGCCGCUGCAAGACCACUGUCAGACCCUUCCACGAGUACGAGCGGCAUGCCUACGACCGAUGGGAUGGCGCUUGACGGAGGACUGAACAAGGGCGAAGACGGAGGACUUGAUGUACAUGCCCAUACGAAUGACCCGGUUACUACAAGUCAAGAGCAUGCGUCGGGUGCUGCCGCUUCCAAGGAUGUUGAGGCCAUGGACGUGACGGAGACUGUUGCCCUCGACAAUAAUGCCCAGCAAGGAAGCAUUGCUAAGGUCACAAUCGACACCAAUACCUCCGUGCUCACGCUGGAAAAUGCCGCCGACACACUAGCCCCUGUCGAUUCCAACGCAACCGACGCAAUCCCCGCAGAUGGCGCCGAUGCACCUGAACCAGGUGCUGAGGGCGCCGAGUGGGAAAUCGAUUCAUCACCCUAUGAGUCCUCCUCAGAUUCCGAUUCUGACACCUCGGAUGAUAGUUCUUCGGAAGAAGACAGCGACGAGGAUGCUGACGGUGACUACGCGAUGCUGGAUCCCGAGGAGGCGGCGCGGAUACUUAUGCAAGGUGAUGCAGGUUCCGAUGACGAAGGAGGAGGACCCCGGGACAAAAAAGAGGGAGGUCCGCUACGGACGGCAAAUGAACGCAUGGAAGAAGUCAUACCCAAACCGGACAUUAUUGUCACAGAAGACAUGAAGAUUGAAGAAUUAGGCAAUGUUGAAUUUGUGGUGGAAAGUACUGUCGUUGUGAAGGCUACGACAUCGGGAGAAUAUCAAGUGUUAGAACCCGGGUCCUUGAUUUGUCUGAAAGAUCGAUCAGUGGUAGGAGUGGUUGCCGACUUGAUAGGGCGAGUCGAGGAACCCAGAUACACGAUUCGGUUUACCAACGAUGACGACGUUAAAGAGGCCGGCCUCUCGGAAAGUGGCACCACUGUGUUUUACGUCCCUCAACAUUCGACGUUUGUCUUCACUCAACCGUUGAAAAGUGUCAAGGGAAGUGACGCGUCAAAUUUCCACGAUGAGGAAGUUGGUGAGGACGAGAUGGAGUUCUCAGAUGACGAGGCUGAGGCCGAACACAAGCGCCAGAUGAAAGCCAAGAGGCAGGGAAGGACAUUGGACACAGGAAGAAGUCGUGGCAGCUCAAAGUUUGCCAAAGGACCGCAUCGUGGUGGAAGCGGCGGAGGUCGAGGGGGCGCUGGCCAUCGCCACUACACCAACAGUGAUGGCUCUGCAUACGGUAGUGGCUCGCUGGAAAUGAACUAUGACGAUGUGGCAGUGCCAGAUACAGGUGAUGAUGGCUAUACGCCAUUGCAGAGGCCGACUGAGCUCACAGGAAUGGUGGCCAACGGAGAACCGCUUCGAGAGCAGCCCCAGGAACGUGGCAUGAUGCAUCCGCUUCCACCACUGCCCCAAUCCUCGUAUUUAAGAGGAAAUGAGUCGGGCGGGAGGGGGAGAGGUUAUGGUCAUGGCAGAGGAGGCAGAGGAGGAUUCCGACCCCAACGUGCACGUGGUGGCUUCAGCCAGCCUCGUGAAGCUCCUUUUGGUCACCACCAUGCUUCCCACAACAAUCAUCAAAAUGGCUACAACACUUCCACAGGACCUCUGCCAAAUCUGAACCUUCCAGCGACGCCCUCGAUAUCACCGCAAAACAUAUCAUACCCCCCAAUGACGCCUUCGCCAAUCACUCCCCUCCCAAAUGCUCAGUUCAACUUUGGCCAAAGUUUCCAACCUCCCGUCAACUUCUCCUCGUUCACUGCACCACCAGGCAUGCCUCCGCCCCCCCUGUUUCUGGGUAACAAUUUUCCCCAUCAGCAGCAAUAUCAGCAGCAGCAGCCAGGCCAAUAUCAAGGCGGCCAGAAUCAUUAUGGCUCUAAGCCUCACACCAGCGGAGAGACAAACUGGCUCUCUGGUGCUUGGGCCAACAAUCCAGCUAUUGCAGCAGCGUUGCAGAGGCAGGCGGAGGAACAGAGAAGGGCACAGGGACAGUAA